UUUAUUUGAUCUUUAUUUUAUUUCUUGGUGUUAGGAAACUGGGGUAUGAACUAACAGCAUAUUUUACAGUCUUAUCUAACAGAGAAAGUUUCUUGCCAUAUUGUCCACUGAGUAUAAGAAGCACAACCCGUUGACAUUGCAUCUUUUGCUUUAUCUGUGUUAUAUGGGUGCACAUGCCAUUGUUACAUCAUCACCAGCAUAUGAUGUCAUUCCUUUCAUACCUUUGAACUACAAAAUUCCAGAGUCUAAGGUUACACAGUUUUCAAGGCUUUGUGAUUGGAACAGAAAUGGCAGAAAUCAUACUUUGCUACUGCUGUGUAACAUCACUGCCAACACACUACAGUAGGCAAUAUUGAAAAUUUAAUUAAUCUCUUUUUUAUGUGAUCUGUAAUACAAUACCAUGCCUCCCAAAAAGAAAGCCGCAGGAAAAAAGCCUGCAGCUGAUGUUCCGGAGGUGUCCUUAGAUGAGCUGAGAGAAGAUGUCGUGCAGCUCCGGAAUGAACUUGAUAAAGAGAGGAAGGACAAAAACCACUUCCAGCUGGAGAGGGACAAAAUUCACACCACUUUAGAAGUGACAGAGAGAGAAUUACGGAGAAUUAAAGUUGAGCUUAAAAAUGCAGACAAGGAAAUGGAAGAAGAUGAGUUACGCCACCAAGCACAGCUUGAGAUGUACAUGCAGAAGGAAACGUAUCUGCUACACGAACAGCGCAAAGCAAUUGCAAAGUUACGGGCAGAUUUUUCUCUGGCCACUGAACAACGACAGAGGGAGCAAAAACAGCUGGAGACCGAGUUGAAGAAUGAAAUGAAGGCCACCAUGAAAAGGGUAAAAGCCGAUCACGAGAGGAUCAUUAAGGAACUUGAUCAAAAACAUAAGGAGAAAAUGAUUAUUGCACAAAAUAGAUUUGAGGAGCAACGUGUAGAAAUUCGGGUGGCUGAUGAGAUAAAGUUACAGUUGAAGGAGAUGGAGCCGACAAGGAUAAAAGAGCUCAAUGACCUUAAUGAACAGUGGAAGGGACACAUCGCUGCUCUCAUAGAGGAUCACAACAAUGCUCUCAGAGCUAUUAUGGGGAGUAUUCGGGACACUCAGCCUACACUGGACAGCUGUAAGUCACUCAAGGCAAAUAUUGAGGAAAUGAAUACGACACUCAAACAUAAAAAUAAUGUGAAAAAGUCGCUGUUGGACAACAACAAAAGUCUUGCCGAGCGUCUCUCCAGCGUCAAGGGGAAAAUUGUCGAACAGGAGAACAAAGUCAAGAUUAUGAAGAGUAUCCAUUCUGAUGUCUGUCUAAAGUUCAAAGAAAAACAGCUGAAUGAUCGGAAAAGGGAGUACGAGGCACUGAAACAGAAAUUCAUGAAGCUUCAGGCGGAAAGAGAUGAGCUAUUCAAAUCAUUACCUCAAAAAACCGAGGAAAUCAAGCAAAAAGCAAAUCUAAAAAUCGCACUGCUGGAGACAAAGUUAAAAGCCAUGGAACAGUCAGGAGAGUCAAAUGUUUUUUCAGUUACAAUACCACCCGCUUUAAACAAAUUUGAGGUUUUAUCCCAGCAGGAAAGAGAAGUCCGUGGGGUCAAAGAUGUUGAGGUGAAGCUGCAGCAGGAGAUCACUGAGCUGAAGUGGAAAGAGGCUGAACUGAAGCAGCUCUCACAAACACAGGAUCACAACCAGUUUAUCUUCAACUGUCCCUCACUGUCAGCACUCAGACCAUCUCCACACUCAUCCAGCAUCCACAUCCGUCCUCUGAGACGCUUUGAGGACGUGACAGAGGCUGUGUCAAAGGUCAGAGGUCAACUACAGGACGUUCUGACUGGCACCUGGACCAAGAUCACAAAAGCACUGAGACUUGGACCACAGACCAGAGCUGAGUUCUUACAAUAUUCUCAGGAAAUCACACUGGAUCCAAACACAGCACACAGUCGUCUGUUAUUAUCUGCGGGAAACAGAAAAGUAACAUUGAUGAGUCAAGGUCAGAUUUAUCCUCCUCAUCCAGACAGAUUCACUGGUUAUUAUCAGGUCCUGAGUAGAAAGAGUCUGAGUGGACGUUGUUACUGGGAGGUGGAGUGGAGAAGAGGAGGAGGAGUGUUUGUAGCAGUGACAUACAAGGAUAUUAACAGAACAGGAAAAUCAGAUGAAUGUUUGUUUGGACCCAAUGACAAAUCUUGGUCUUUAUAUUUUAACAAAAACAGUUCUUUUUUCUUUCAUAACAAAAUCAGGACUAAAGUCUCAGCUCCUGGUUCCUCCUCCAGAGUAGGAGUGUACCUGGACCACAGAGCAGGUCUUCUGUCCUUCUACAGAGUCUCUGAC